AUGUUUCGAAAAGUGAAAACGCGUAGCAAUCUUCGUCAGCGACUACUAUCAGACGAUGAUAAUAAUGAUAGUGGUGAUGAUGGAGAUGGUGGUGUUACUUCUGGAACAGCAGUAGCAUCAACAAUCAAAGAGUCAUUAAUUAGUAGAACGGUCGAGCAACAGCAACAGCAACAGCAACAUGCGGAAAAGGUGAAUAAAGCAGAAGGGAACCAGAAACCACACGCUGGUGUGGUAACAGAAGAGCACCACUUGCUCAGUUUUGAUAAUUUUGAAGGCGAUGACAUAACAGAUUUUAAAAUCAAACGUAAAGAUCCUAAUAAACGUUUGGAUAAGUUGACGAAAAGAGCGAAAUUGCGACAGAAAGCUGACAAUGAAGCUGUAGAACAAGAAAGUAGCGUGGUUGUAAAGCAAAUUAAACAAGAGGUGAAGACGAAUGAACCGUCAAUCAAGAAUAUUAAUACUUCUCAAAGCAAACAGUGGAAAGUGAAGGAUGAACCCGUACAAGAGGAAACAGAUUUGGAGCAGGAUUCGAUCAUACGAAGUAAAUUCCCAUCUGCGUUUCGAGGAGAGAUUCCGGAUGCGAAAACUGUUUAUGAAGCACGAAAGAAGCGAGAAAAGAUGCGUUUAGUCAGUUCUAAUGGCCAGAUCCCACUGGAUGACGUGCAGCGGUUGAAGGAUAAAUCCGUAGCACGAUCACGGUUAAUACGUGAAGAUGAAAACGAUUUGAGUGAUGAAGAUCCAGAAGGUGGAAGGUUUUAUUCGCUAAAAAGUUUGGUAGCUGAUGAUGAUGAAAGACGACGGAAUGAGCAUAUGGAUUUUCUUGCUCACGAAGGAGGAGGUAGUGACGAUGGUCAUGAGCAAUCGGAUGAGGAAGUAACGCGUUGGGAAAGAGAACAGAUGAAGAAAGGAGUAUCAUCACAUAAGGUGGAAAUGUUGGAACGUGAACGUGCAAAAAUGGAAGCAGUGAUGAGAGCCAUAAGAAGUAGUAUGGAAUUGCCACCCGAAAAUCGCGAACAGUUGCCGAUGGAAAUGGAUAUAGAUUUUUCUGAAUCUGAUAUGCUUUCACUAUCACAGACUGGACGAAUAUCUGGCAAAACAAUAGCUGUAUCGUUAAAAGAAAUUCUUUCAAAAUUACAACAGCGCAAGAUAGAUGGCAAGGAAUCAGUAAAUGCUCGUGAAGCGGAAUUUGAAAGGACAACUGCUCAAAUUCAAGAAAAUAAGGAAAUGAUUAGCAAGCUUGAGAUGGAAGAACCACGGAUCAGAGAACGUUUCCAAGUUUAUCAGGAUAUCCGAGCAUACGCUAGAGAUCUGUUGGAAUGUUUGUCAGAAAAAAUAGGCGAAGUUAAGGAUUUGGAAAGUCGAAUGGCAGAAAUUCUAGAUGGCCGGGCUCGAAGACUUCGAACACGACGAAGAAACGAUGUGCACGAUAUGUAUGAUGAAUGCUCGGCAGCUGCAGCUGGUCGACCACUGCACCAACGAGCCCCUGAAGUCAGUCAAAGAGCAGCAGAACGAGAAGCAAGAAGAUCGCGUCGUCGUCGUUUGCGUGAAAAUACUUUAGAAGGUGUUUCACAUGAGGAAGGCUUAAGUACAGAUGAUGAAGAGACAAAUAGUGAGAUUGUAGCUCGCCAACAAUCGAUCGAUGAGAUUCGUGCAGCGGCAAAUGUCAUAUUCGUUGAUGCACUUGAUGAUUUUUGUCGUAUUGAUCGAAUUCUAUCAAGAUUUGUUGACUGGUUAGCACAUGAUGAGGAGUCCUUCGUCAAUGCUUAUGUUCAUCUAUGCAUUCCAAAGCUUAUCUCAUUAUUUAUUCGUUUGGAACUAAUCGACUGGGGACCGCUUGAGAAUGACAGUCGUCCAGUGAAUUCAAUGCGUUGGUACGAAGAUUUGAUAGGAUGUGCCGCAGUAAGCUCGAACAUUAACGUCGAACACCCUAUCCUUGUUUCACUUAUACCUCUGUGUAUUGAGAAAGUUGUUUUAUGGAAAAUUACAGAUCUGAUCCGUGAGCGAUGGGACCCUCUAUCGCAACAUCAAUGUCGAAAUUUAGGUUUUCUGCUCAAUCAAUUGAUUGACGAAUGUCCAACGCUAGUGCCAAGUAGUCGGCCAGUGCAAAAACUUCUGCAAACUAUAUGUCUACGUGCUCAGGAUGCCAUCGAUGAAGAUUUAUUUGUUCCCAUUUAUUCUAAACAAGCUGUUGAGAAUCCUGCCACGGGCUGUAAGGCAUUCUUGGAUCGACAAACUUGGACUUCCGUUAAGUUAAUUCGAUGUCUGAACUGUCUGUCUGCCGUUUUAUCUGAGGAGAAAAUGCGAGAGUUGGUUCUGGACGGUAUUGUAAACCGAGUGAUGCCUGCAUUACAAUGUGCAACAAUAUCUGAUCAGUCCAUGAUCCGAAAAUGUCGAGCUUUGAUGAAAUUGAUCCCAGCAGCAUGGAGGGAAAAUAACACGCGUAUUGCUCUGCGAAAUUUCAACGAUUUGUUAGGGAAAGUCGCUGAAGAACAUAAAAAUAAUAGAAUUAUGGAUUGGUCUCGAGCUUUGAUAAUUAUUGAACGUUUUGAGCGUAUGACUAGAAUGAAUCUUCGUGAACUACGAUUACUUUUUAUAAGCAUUAAUGAGAACGACUCAUUAUUGGAUACUAAAAGCAGGAAAGAUGCUUCACAAAAAAUUGAUCAAUUAUUGGGUGAUCUGCAACAAGUGUUAAAUGUUCGAUCACAUCUAAAUGUAAUUGAUCAAGAGCGUUUCGACGUUCACAUUGAGCCAAUUCGAAUUCAAAUUCAGGAAGUUAUCAAUGCACUGAAUAGGAUUGCUGCUAAUGAAACAUUAGAAAAAAAGAAUAUUUAUGAUGAUUUGUACGAGAAAUCUUUGUUGGCAGAAGAAACAGAGGAAGACAAAUUGCAACAACAAGAGCAAAUAAGGAUAAAUUCAUUGCUUUUGCAAGCAAAAGAAGCUAAAACAAAAGCUGCAGAAGUGAAAAAGUUGGCCUGUGAUAUCGAUGAUUUGAAUGAAAUGAUGAUGCAACUUUCACAGCUUGUUCAUGCACAACAUGAUGUUGUUGAUAGUAUUGAGGAACACAUCGAAAGAGCUCAAACAGAUGUUCAUGAAGCUCAUAAAAAUUUAAAAAAAGCUGAAGUCGCAAAAACAGCUAAAUAUCCGAUAGUAGCAGCAACUGUUGGUAGUGUUGCAGUAGGUGGUCCUGUCGGAUUCAUUGCAGGUUCUACUGUAGCCGGUAUUUUUGCCGCUUUUGGUGGCGCUAUUGCUGGUUAA